AUGGACACCUCCACUCAGGACAGCCUGUCCGAUGGCAAGAUUGGCCAUGCGGCCGACCACGUCGAGACCUCGACAUCUGUCGAGAACACCGAGAAGAAUGAGAAGAUCGACACCACUCACACCGAUGAGGCAAUGAAGGUUCUGGCCCGUUAUACUGGCGACGAAUCGUGGGAGCCUUCUGAGGAGAAGCGGCUCGUCCGGAAGAUCGACUGGAAGCUCUUACCCCUUCUGUGCCUGACCUAUGGGUUGCAGUAUUAUGACAAGGCAAUGUUGUCUCAAGCAGCACUCUUUGGCCUCCGCGAGGACCUAGGUCUUACCGUCGGCAAUAGGUACUCCAUGUCAGCGGCCAUUUUCUACCUAGGGUUCAUCGUCGGAGCGUACCCAACCAUGUUUCUUGCGCAGAGAUAUCCUAUCCACCACGUGGCAUCGGGCACAGUCACGCUGUGGGGCAUAUGUCUUAUUUUGACGCCUGUCUGCCACAAUUAUCAGUCGCUGUAUGCUCAGCGGUUCUUCUUGGGAUUGCUUGAGAGCGGUAUCUCUCCUAUGUUCAUGGUUAUUGUUGGCGGCUGGUACAAGAAAGAUGAGCAGGCUCUACGCAUGGGCAUUUGGUACGCGUGUACCGGGUACGUGAGUAUCUUCAGUCCAUUAAUCAACUAUGGCCUGGGCCACAUUAAGGGUUCCCUGUCGUCUUGGGAGUAUAUGUAUCUCUUCGCCGGUGCCAUCACAAUCAUAUGGGGAGUGAUCAUUAAUUUCGUGCUUCCCCCGGACCCCAUCAACGCGCGGGGGUUUGAUGAACGCGAGCGGUAUAUCUCCGUGGCUAGGAUGCGCAGCAAUAACAGCGGAGUGCGUAAUACUCAUUUCAAGAUGGGUCAGGUGGUCGAACUCCUUCUUGAUAUCAAGUUUUGGUUGAUUUUUCUCACGGCUUUUCUUGCCAUGAUCGCCAAUGCCCCAAUUUCUACGUUCACGCCAAUAAUCAUUAAUUCCUUUGGUUUUAGCACCCUCGAGUCACUUCUACUUGUCAUUCCCUCAGGGUUCUACGCCGGAACCAUGAUGUUGAUCCUCCCGUGGAUCUCGUACAAGUAUAUGAGCAAGGGGAUCCGCUCCUGGCUUGUGGUUGGCUGUCAGCUUGUCACAAUGGUUGCGUGUAUUCUUCUACUAACCCUGCCGCUCAAUCAAACUGGUGGGCUUCUCUUUGCGUGCUAUAUCAUGCCAACUGUGGGUGCGGGUUACGCCGUGCUUAUGGGUCUUCAAAUCGGCAAUAUUGCCGGCUACACCAAGCGUUCGCUUUCUUCUAGUGGCCUGUACAUUGGCUACUGUCUUGGCAACUUCGUCGGGCCGCUUUGCUUCAGAACACAGGACUACCCACGAUACGUCCCGGGCUUUAUCGUCACCGUUGUGACGACUGUUAUUGCCGGAAUUCUCGUUCUCAUUUACCGAUACGUCUGCCUCCGUGAUAACGCCCGCCGCGAUGCUUCUGGCGUUCUUGAGGGCUUCGAGAACGCGUAUCAGGAUGAUUUGACUGACAAGACGAAUCCUCAAUUCCGGUACACUGUUUAG